AUGCGUCUGGUUUCCCAUGAGUUCGCUUCUAAAGGACAUGAAUAUUGCAACAAGAUGAAACGAUUUGUUUCGAUUAGCCCCUCGAACACAACUAAGGAAUUCACCGGUAAUAAACUGAGGGUGAGUGAUCAAGGGGGCAUACCACUGAAUGCGAAAGCUAACCAUGCGUCUUUUUCAGAUAGCCCUCAUGAGCAUCCUGGAGUGAUGGACGUGAAAGUAGGUGGAGCAGAGUCGGCUUUACGCCCAGAGGCGAAAUUAUCCGACCCACACUCUCAGAAGAUACAGGUGCGCUGGGUCGUACCACGGUUUGUCUUCCAUGACCGAGGCCUGGACGAGCUAAUCAGAAUCUGGGAUGUUGGCGGAAAUGCGCAAUUUUUUUUUUACGUGAAUACAGAUCUUGCUGAGGAGUUAUCGCUAGAUGGACGAGAGUCUUUCGAGCUCAUCGCAUAUCCUCCUGCAUCAAAGGUUACGCAAGGACUUCGGACUAAGAUUAGCGCGGUAUUCUUGAAUCGCUUUGGGCAUGUUCGAUGUCCUUCUUCCUUGCGUUCUUCAGUUCAAUGGAAGUCUAAUGGAUUUGGUGACGGUGAUGUGGGUGCUCUAUCGCACAAUACUGAAGGCAAAGCGGGGCGUAAUGAAGAUUGUGCGCUCUUUCCAACACUAUUUUUGAACAAAAUAUCUGAGGCCAUGCCGUGGCAAAAACAGUUUAUCUUCCACAAGCUAAAGAAGGGCCUUGACCCGUUUUGCCUUUUUAACCGUUGCCCUAUUGUGAGCGAGGAAGAGCGUGUGGCGAAACUGAUAAAUGCUGCCUGUUCUAAAAAUUUCAACAUUUUGGAAUAUGCCAAAGCAGCAAGUUUGGAAUCAAUACCACGUGUUUUUCUAGACGAAUGCGCAGCGAAAGAAUUCAAAAAGUUUACCCAGAUAAAAAACCAUCGUUAUGCAAAGAUUUUAGCGAAUCUAAAGGACUGUUUACCCCCCGCAGCAAACUCAAGCGUAAGCAACGGAAAGAGAGUGCUUGAUAAAGAAAACUGUGGUGCCGUACACAAUACCUUCUGCUUGCCGAAAAUGCACUGUUAUUUUCCCCUCGUCAUACAUGCUGGCGAAUGCCUCCAUCGAAGUUGCUGCCUCUCAGAUAUUUUCGUCUUCGAGUUUUCGGAGGAUGUCAUGCCGCUGGAAAGAAUCGCAGCCGAGCUCCAGCACAUUUUAGGAGUGGAAUGCAAGACACGGGACUACAGCCGCGCUAAGCUUCUAAAGGCUGCCGAGAAGUAUUUAAUCUUCCGUGAUUCCAUGUGUUCGGAGCGGUUGGUUUCGGUGGUGAGAAGCUAUGUGCAGCUGCUUUUGCCUUUUCGCCUAGUGUUGUCCUGGCCUAUGACGGAUCCAGCGGAGCGCCUUCCACGCUUUGGAAUCUGCUUAUCCUACGAAAUGUUUUCCGGACGUCUGUUUAAAUCUUUACCCGCCGUUUCAUCGGCCAAAUCUGCUUUCAAAAGGAUAUGGAUUGGCAACACGAGAAUGGACAUGGGACCACAUUCAGAGAAGAUGGAUCCGACCACGAUGGAGCAUCAGCUUCGUCUUCUUAUAUGGUUCUUACGUGAGAGCGGUUGGAUUUUGAUUCAUCAGGAAGAUCACCGCCUUUGGGAUACCGCACACCUCUCAAGGCAAUCGGAGUGUGUAGAAGAAGCUGAAGCAGUGAAAGAGGAAACGGUUCUGCAGCGUGUUCUGCGCCUUACAUCUUCCGAUAAAAAUACGGUCGCUGUUCAUGGGAUAAAAAAUAGGGGGCAUUAUUCUCCAUUAGAGAUGAAAGAGAAUGAAAUGCCGAGGAGGACCCUUUUGGCCUCACAAGAUGCAGUUUACACAAGUUUAGAGCUCUGGCAGGCUUGUAUCGUUCCUCCGUCAGCUGGACUGUACUUGUGGCGUGGCCUCGUCGUUUCCACUUCAAGAGGGCGCUUUGGCAUCGUGGUGGACUUCAAACCCAUCCCCAGCCAGCAGUUGGAGCGUACUUUUACACCACCUCACUCUUUGAAGUCGUUCUUUAGGUGGUAUCGGAGCCAAUGCCAGCGGUCAGCGCAGAGCGGCGACAUUGAGUUUGUCUACCCGAGGUGGAAGCCCGCCCUGCCACCGUAUCUAGAGAAAAUGGAGAUGCGCCUUUGGCCAGUAGUUUACUUUCCGACAGAAAACACUUUUGAGUUGGUGUUGCCUACCAUGAAAAGGUUGUACUUCAUUCGAUACCCAACCGUUUGUUUUGUAUCCGCCGCUCAGGAAAGCAAACUUUUUCGAAAGCAUGCUUCUUUGCAUGUGCACACGAAAGCAGGCCCCUUCACACCGUGCAAAAGUGUGAAUAUGGAGCGUAUGUCAGCCCGAUGGUCUUCCAUGCGAGCGAGAUCAUGCGAGGAGGUUUCCCAAGGUGUAUGGCCGGAAGCCCAUAUUCGGAACAUUCCCUGGAGGCUUGAGCACUCCCAGGCCGACCAGCGAAUUAUCACGAGUCAAUUGUCAUUGCAGCUCACCAUAUGUGAAAGUGCUGCUUCACUUUACAUGGAAGCAGUGUUGAAUUUCGGUAGACAAAGGAGUUCGCGGCGCACACCCUUCAGACUGGAAUCAGUAGAACACAAGCAUCUUCUUCGUCAAUGGGAUGAAUUACACCAAAAAAGGAUCGCAGAGGCGCAAACGGGGGAUGAAAUGGGGUCUAUUUCUCGUACUUUAGUUCCGUUGAGGUCGCGGCGAUUAAUUGCGUCUACUUCCUUCUUAAGACGACCACGGGCUCUGCGAAGUUUGGUAGCCGUUCUUCCUUGCUUGAGCAACGCAUUGUUAGUUUAGGUGAAAAAUGGCCUCAUCGAUUGGUUUCCUGACCUUAAAGACGAACUGAUUCUAUUUUACUAUUUUUGGAUAGUUACCUACUUGUUUAUUACACUUUCAUUUUCUGCUAUCAGACAUACCUUCAGAGUAAGCAAAUAUAUAUUAGUUCCUCUUCCUUUACGUAAUUAAAUAAGGAGAACAUCAGAAUGCGGUUAUAUGCUUAUGAUAAUCGACCUAACAACAUGUUUAAAAUAAUACUCAACGAAGUUCUUUCUUUCUUUCUUUGGCACCUUUUCUAUCACAGUUUUCUUUCGUUUUUGAGGUCUGAUCGUCUCUUUAACCGCUUUUAAUAUUAAGGCUGACGUCCAGUACGCGACAUCUUCAAAAGGAUAGAGUAAUAGGUGGUUUUCCUUUUUAUUAUAAUUUGAAGGCUGCUACCAUAGGUGUGCUUCUUACCCCUGUCGCGCAGACGCCCCUUUCAUUAGCUGAAGUAAAGCUAGUAAGUAAGGACCUGUACACAGCGUUAACUUACGUCUUUGUGCCUGUUCAAAGCAACACAAGGGAUAUCGACUUCAACAAGUAAAUUUAUAUAUCUAGAAAUUCUGCGCAACUAAAUUCAA